GGAGACACAUUCUACCCCGAUCCAAAUUACAGGUGUUAUGAGGGAAGAUGUGAACGCGCUAAAUAUCUUCAUGUUUCUACCACGGAUCAUGUUUCUACCAUGGAAAUAAUGCAAACGCUGAAAGAAGAUCUUCAAAUAACUGAAAACAAAAAGCAGGAAGUCGACGCAACAUAUAACGUUAUAUUUGAAAUAAUAAUUCGCAUUACUUCCGAAAUGAAUAACGUAAUCAAGACGGUCCACAAGCUAAGGUCUACACAAAGUGAAUGUACUAAUUCGAUUAAUGAACUGAAAGAUGAAAUUGAUUUGCAUGAUGCCAGUUGUAUUAAUGUUUUCCGUAACGAAGCCGCGGAUUUAGAAAAGAAAAUAGCGCAGGAAAGUGGCUUGGAAAAGGCUUUAGAUGAAAACGUGCAGCAGCUUCAGGAGACCGUUGAAUCUCUCGACGCGGAAGCUAAGCGAUGCGGGGAUUUGAGGCACAAUUUACACACACUGAUUGAUUCUCUUAAAGAUCAAUUAAGAGAAUUGACACGGGAGAAGGAAAGGCAUCGGCACGAGUUUCAGCAUGCUACUCGAAAAUUACAAGAAAUUCGUCAAACCAUACAGUGCGCAACGGGGGAAUUCGAAAUACAAGAGACAGCGGUAAAGAAAGUGGUUUCCAACGCCACUGAAAAGUGUCCUAGGAUAAACACUACCAGAUUGGCAAACCAAAUCAAAACUUUACUAACUGAGUUAGGAGAUAAGAUUCGCGAGAUAGAAAACCAGUUUGGCUGUUUGGAUGAAUUACGGCGACAACUGAAAGAAAAGGAAGAAAAGUAUGGAGUAAACAUUGAAUUUGCAGCUCAAUUGAAACAAAGUUGCGAAAAACACAUUGAACGAGUGGAGCAUCGGCAGAAUAUGUUCCUCCAACUAAGGGAUUUGUAUAGUGUCUGUGUGCAGAAAGCUUUCACCAAUGUGCUUUCUUUAACACAAUAUAAGGGCACUGUGGUGAUCGAUCAUACAAAUAAACUGCUUGACUUACAUGUGAGUGUACGGAAUGAUGAAGAGUCGAGCAAGGACACGAAAUCGUUUUCGAGAGACGAACGAUCUUACUCGACCGUCGCAUUCAUCUUGGCUCUCUGGGGUUGCACUCGGCUGCCCUUCUACUUUCUCGGUGAAUUCGAUGUAUUCAUAGACAAAGUAAACAGGCGAGUUAUAACGGAUAUUCUGUUGGAUUACGCUAAAUUGCAUCCACAGAGUCAGUUCGCUUUCUUCACGCCUCUAGACACACUUUUCUAGACCUCGCACAUUCUUGCGGAGGAUUGUUUGACAAUUCAUCAAUUACAACCACCGGAGAGA